AUGGGCCUGAGGGCAGCAGAGGGCAGCUGCAUCUAUCUGGCAGGACCCCGGAAAGCCCAGCCAGAGGCUGCCAGAGGCGGCCAGCAAAUUUGGACAUUUUUGGCUCAAAAUGGGUCGAGACUCACCUCAUUUUUGGACAUUUUCCUCCCUCCGGUCGAACUUUGA